AAAUUCAAAAUGGACGUCGAGAUACACACGAACAAUAUCUAUUGCUUGCAAAAUAAAUAGAAAUUUUUGGUUUUGUGUUUGAUAUUAGUGAAUGAAUUGUGUGCAUUUGGUGUAUUAUUUGAUAAACAUUGAUUUGGACAAUACAGACAAUUGACAAAUUGUGAUUUACGUGCAGAAAAACUGAAAAUUGUGUAAAAUUUCGAAAAAUUCCAUAAAAAGUCCGCCAGUCUGUUUCAAUUGAAGUACAUUUUUUUUGUGUGUGGUGUAUCUAUGCUUCGUCCGUUUCAUUCGAAUUGUGCAUUUUCAAUUAUUAUUUUUUUCUCUCGCUCUGUGGCAUAAUGUAUCAUUUUAGAUUUUUUUAAAUGGCGAUCAAAAACAAAUGAAUAGUGCUGAUGGCGUUUAAGAAGUUUGGUUUGCAUUUAAUCGAUAGCAUUGACAUUGUUUGGUAGAAAAUUGACCAUAAACGAGUAGAAAAAAAAGAAGUUCAUUGAGUCAAAUCAAAUAAAAUAAAAUAAGAAACGGCAGCGACGGCAUCAACAUCAAGCAGCAGCAGCAGCACAGCGGCGGUGGUGUGUGCUUUGAGUGUAUUUGUUCAUACAGAUGUACAGAUGUACAACGUAAAUGUCUGUACAUGUACAGAUGCGCGCUUGUGUAUAUACAUGUGUGUAUGUGUUAAAGCAGCAAGCGAGAGCUAAUCUCUCCGUGUAAUAAAGAAAAGAAAAAAAAAACAACAACAACAACAAUAACAAAUUUCGAACACUUUAUUUGCGUGUACGUGAGAAUAACGACGAGGGAGUGCACUUCUUUCUAAAUGAUUCAUUGUGACAGAAAGUGAACGAAACAUCUGUAAACACGGAUAACCUACGUGCUUUGGACUAAUGGCAGCCAACCCUCCAGUUGAAAUAGGAGUAGGUCCCGACCAACAGGCUGUUCUUCCCGAUUAUACGCCAAUCCAAAAUUAUGGAGAUGCCGGUGAUCGUGAAUUAGAAGAAACACGAUGGAGUCCAGGAAUUGUACUCGAUACAGAUUUGUUAAUGUACUUACGAGCUGCACGUUCAAUGGCUGCAUUUCAAGGUUUAUGUGAUGGUGGUUCACCAGAAGACGGUUGCUUAGCUGCAAGCAGAGACGAUACAACAAUCAAUGCACUUGAUGUGUUGCAUGAUUCAAGAUAUGAUCCAGGCAAAGCACUCCAAGCACUUGUUAAAUGCCCUGUACCCAAAGGAAUCGACAAGAAAUGGACUGAAGACGAAACAAAGAAAUUUAUCAAAGGAUUACGACAGUUCGGAAAGAAUUUCUUCCGAAUUCAUACAGACUUAUUACCGCACAAAGAAACGCCCGAAUUGGUGGAAUUCUACUAUUUGUGGAAAAAAACUCCCGGAGCAAAUAACAAUCGACCACAUCGCCGACGAAGGAUCGGCUCAUUACGUCGUAUACGAGUUACAAGAAACAGCAGCAACACGCCGCCAAACAAGAAAGAAGAAACUCCAGAGCCAACGGCCACGGAGGACAACAGCUCACUGACAGAAGACGAUGCCAGUGAAUGCGAUAGCGAUUCAAGCAUUACCAAUAAACGUUCAAACACAGGAAACAGUGAAUUGACCGGAGACGAAUCGCCAUCCAGAAUGAGAACGCGAAACAAACCAGCAAAGGAAUCAAAUAACAAACGGCCAAAGCGUGGCGGUGAUACGCCCGAUGCUAGUGCUACGAAUGAAAAUGCGAAAACACCAAAUAAAACGGAUCGACGUAAAUCGUCGAAGGAAACGCCUACAAAAGGAAAGAAACGUACAAAUAUCGACCUUGAUGUGGAUAAUGAUGGCUCUGACGAGAAAGAGAAGAGAAAACGAACUGAGAGUCCAACUGAGAGCUUAAACUCGGACAGUCGACCCGGUUCCGUGUUGGAUGAACAAGAAAACACCAACGAUCCACCAGACACUCCAAUGGCUGAUACGGAGAGAAAAGAUACGGACGCAAAGGUACCAGAACCAUCACCAGCUGAUGAGGCCAAUUCGAAUGCCGUACCGAAAGAUGAAAAACCGAGUGCCACUUUGCCACCGAGCAGCGCUGAUAAACCAGAACCGCUUACCGACAAGGAAAAAGAUGCAUCGAAUGACAAACCACGUUCGAUUUCCGGCGAUGAUUCCAGUAAUUCCGUUGAUGAGAAGAGUGAAGCAGCAGCGGCAACGUCUCAAGUAAGUGCAGUCGCCAAGGGAAGUGAAUCACCAACACCGGUGGUUUCUAAGGCGGUGAACAGUAGCAGUAGUAGUAGUUGCAGCAGCAGCAGCAGCAGCAGCAGCAGCAGUAGUAGCAUCAGCACGGCUGCACCCACAGUCACAAAUACAAUUACCAGUACUAGCUUAACGGUUGUACCAUCGAUAUCCACAUCGACGAUUACAAGUUUAGCUAUUGCAGCGACCGUUGCUGAUCUCAAGCCAAUCGAAAAGAUUGAAAACGCACCAGUGGAUGCUUCAUUCACACCAAAGAAUGAACAGGAGAUGAUUUCGACCAUUGCAAAUAUCAAAAAAGAAUCAAAUGUACCGCCGGUUGCCGUGGAUAAUAGCAACGAAUAUACCGGAAAGAAGGUGGCGAUGGUAAUCAAAAAGGAGCCCGGCCAAGAUGAAUCGACCGAAAGCAGUAGCAAUAGCAGCAGCACAGUUGGUGAUAGAAAAGACACUAAUCAAACUGAACCAUCCAACGAAAUUAAAUUGGCCAAUGAGAUCAAGACGGAGAACAAGUGUGGCUUAGAUUUAUCGGAUACGAAUAGCAAACAUGACGAUGCAUCGAGAUCAGCCUUUGAGCCACAUAUCAAAUUUAAUGUAGCAAACAAACUGCCACCAGUCGAAUUACAUGCGAAAUUCAAUUCAGAGCUGACCAAACCACCAACCGAACCGAUCAAAUUUGGACAAGAGCCACCUCCGCUCGCAGCUAAGUAUCCACCGUCAUCGAUGGCAGCUGAUCUAAGUCAAAAAUAUGACACAAAAUUAUUUGGCGAUCAAUCGAUCAACAAAUUUGAAAUGGAAACGAAAGACAAAACCAGUGUGGAUAUGGUUAUCAAUCCGGCAGCUAAGUAUCCAGUUCCAAAUGAUCAAAUAAAGAAUGAAAUCGUUGAGAAUGUGGCAUUAAAACGACCACCAUACACAGAACCGUAUCAACAUAUUCGUUCACCAUACGAGCCAACGUCGAUGCUGUCGAAAUAUCCACAAGUGUCGGGUGCACCAAUUAGCAUGCCGCUAGGUCUUCCGCAAGACUUGAAAUACACACCGCCGGCGAUCGAUAUGAAAUACAAACCACCCGAAAACCUAUCGAAAUCACAAUUUUCGGCCGACAAUCUGGUGAAAGGGUAUGAAGGCGAACGACGAGAGUCAAGCGAACGAAUGCCAUACGGACCACCUGGUAAAUAUCCACCGCCACCGCAUGAAAGUGGUGUGGAUACAAAACCGAAUGUGGAAGCAUUAAUGUCACAUUUACCACCACACACGAGCGCCGUUCCAAUGCUGAUUGGCCCAAGCGGAUUGCCAGCGCAUCCAUUAUCAUUAAGUCAUCUACCUCCAAAUCAUCCAUCAUUAGUUACGUCACCACAAACAGCUACAGUGCCUCCAAAUACUUCAUCGUCGAUUCAAGUACAACCAUUAAACUUGCUGGGUUCAACGGCCAGUUUGAUGCCACCUCACAGUACGUCUUCGGUCGUGCAUCCCGCACUACAUCGUCCACCCGUAGAAGCAUCUGGCUUGCACCCACAAUACCCUGGAAGUGGAGCAUUUUCAUCAGCAAUUCCGCAAUCGUCCAGCAACAGUCAGAUUCUUUCGCCUGCGUUAAGUUUGUCGCGUGGUGAACAUGAGCGACUCUCUCUUCCAUUACAUCUUCCCCCGAAUAUGAGCACGACACCGAUUCAAUUGUUACCUCCACCGCAUGCAAGCCACUUAGGCCCGCCAUUGUUACCAAUGCCUGGCUCAUCAUUGGUUAGCGCAUCAAGCAUCAGCUCUCCUUCGACUGCUAUUCCACCGGUCGAUGGACGACGAUCACCGACAAGUCCAUCGCCUGCAUUGAGUUUGUCGGCUAGAGGAUCUAUUUCAUCAGUACAGGCUCCACAGAAGAUACCAUCUUCGAUGGACAAACCGAAUACAAGCUCGGCAUUUAGUAGAACGAGUCCGAAUGUACAAUUUACGCAUCCAUCGUCACAUCGGCCAGUUUCACCGUCACAACCGCCGACCAGUUUGACACGAGCCAGUCCGUUGCAUUUAUCACAUCAUUCGUCGUCGGCUCUUCCGGGAGCAUCAACACCAAACACGGGUAUUUUCAAACGACAGUCACACAUGACGCCUCCUCCAACCUCUUCGUCGCCACUGUUCACGGAAAAGAGUCCGAUGAAUAAAAUUUAUCCACAAACUCCGACGUCACAAUCAACGCCGCAGCCACCUCAACAAGCGACACCUCAACCGCGAAGUGGUCCUUCGCCGCCAGUUUUACGACAUCCUCAGCCUGUGCCACUACCACUAAUUGGUCAAAGUCCAAUACCAUCACCGAUGCUCUUGUUCCCUGAUUCACCAUACUCGCCGAACCGGUAUCCCCCAUAUCUGUUCUAUUCGCAGAGUCCAUUCAACUCUCCGUAUCCAUAUCAUCCGUAUGGACCGGCACCGUUUCAAUACAUGAAACCGCCGACAGCUGGACCAGGCCUAGAUCCAGCCGUCAUAUCACAUCAUCCCGGUCAAGCAACACGACACGAAGAUCCAUCACCGCAUCCAGAUACAAAGGCUGCCAAUCUUCUGCAAAUGAAAGACAAAAUGAAACCACCAACACCAAAAACUACUCAAAGCAGCAGUUCGAACCCGGCAAGCACUUCGUUCAGUGGGCCACAUCAUCAAUAUCCACAUCCACCUCAUUCAGCGUUCGGAGAGAGUCCGAUCCCAUUGCCACCGGGCAAAAGUCAUAUGGAAGCAUUGCGAGCGCAUGCACAUUCGGCUAGCAGUGGAAUUAGACAACCAUCAUCAAGUGAACCCGUUCAUGUUGAUAUCGAACCGGAUCCAGAGCCAGAAAUUCCAAGUCCAACUCACAAUAUUCCACGUGGUCCAAGUCCAGAGGCAAAACCAGACGACACCGAAUGCCAUCGAUCUCAAUCGGCCAUCUUUGUGAGACGUUGUGAUCGUGGCGAUUACAAUUCAUGUACUCGAACGGAUUUGGAAUUCAAGCCGGUGGCUGAUUCGAAAUUGGCGCGCAAACGAGAGGAACGUGAUCGUAAAUUGGCUGAAAAGGAACGUGAAAGAAGGCAACAGCAACAGGCUCAACAAGCCGUGCAGCAACAGAUAUGUGUAAAACAACAACUACAGCAGCAACAACAGCAGCAACAGCAACAACAGCAACAACAGCAGCAGCAACAACAACAAGCGGCCGCUGCUCAUCAGCAACAGCAACAGCAAGCCGCUGCGGCAGCACAACAAGCGAAAAUCAAAGCCGAAAUCAAACCAUUUGAUACACCUGCAAUGCGACAACUGUCAGAAUAUGCACGACCACAUGUUGCUUUCAGCCCUGUCGAUUCGAUGGUGCCACCAUAUCAUCAUCCAAUGGGACCAAUGUAUGCACGUGAAAGGGAAUUGGAAGAUUUGAAGAAUGCUCAGGCGGCCCAGGCCCAAGCUCAAGCUCAAGCUCAAGCACAGGCACAAGCACAAGCACAAGCCGUUGCGUCUUCCCGAUUGGACUCGCACUACAUGGAUUUGUAUCGAAUGAGAGGGUUGCAUCCAUCUCAGUAUCCGUUAUACACAAACCCAGCAGCUGCAGCUGCUAUGUCACAGCUCGAGCGUGAGCGAUUAGGCAUUCCGCCACAUCAUGUCGGCCUGGACCCAAGCGAUCCAAUGCAACCACCUGAUGCUGCUGGAUUCCAACUUCCACCCAAUAUGUCACCUUAUCCGAGACCGAAUAUGUUAUUGCCACGAGAGCAUCCCGAUGUUUUGCUGAGAAUGAGCUAUGCUGAUCAAUUGCAAGCGCAGGCGGCCGAAUUCCAACGACAGUCAAUGGAUAGAGCGGCAGCGCAUUCAAUACAUGAGCAGUAUUACAGAUUUCCACCACUUUAAAGCAAAUUAAAGAAUUGAAACCAAUAGAAUUAAAACAAACAGUGAACAAAAAAGCCACUGUGAAGCAAACACAAGUACCUAAGCGAAAAAAAAAAUGCGAUAGUAAACAAAUGUGUUAGAUUCACAUUGAUAGCAAACGAUGUGAUGAUUCGCUCACGGCGAAAUGCAGAGCCAAAAAUAAAAAUAAACACACAUCCAAAAUAUCCAUGCGAUCGUAUCGAGGCAAGAUGACAGUGCACACCUUGAUGGUUUUGCAUACGCGAAUAAUUGUCUAUUUGCAAACAGGCAACAGUUAGCGAGGAACGAAACUCAGUUUCAAUCAACGUAUACUAGACUGUGCUGUGUUGGAAGUGGGGGGAAAAAAGCAAAUGCUGUCUAUCCUUUUCUCAUCGUCCGCUCAACUCAACAACUUCGAACGUUUAAAUUCAAAAAUCAAACACACACACACACACACAAACACACCCAUACUCAACCAACGUAAGUGAUACUAGAAUCAUUUCGAACACCAUGUGUUGCAUAGUAAAAUUCUUCAGCUACUUAAAUAAAAUAAAACGAACCCAUGAUAAUAGAUAGAGUUGAAAGCAAAACGCAAAUUUGAAGCAGUCAGAACGAGACGUGCCUUCUAGCCAUCAGGAUCGUUGCAACUUUCCAGAUAUUUCACAAUCAAAUGGAAACUCGUUUGCGCUUAAUUCAAUUUCAACAUUCGAUCAAAAUGCAUCUCAAAAGUUCUUCAAUGAGAAUCAUACGACCCUCCAAAACAAUUUCAACGCAUUCGAUUGCAUUUACGCUGCUUUGUCUUUUAUCAAUUUUACUUUUUCGCAUCAGUUUUAUUUUCCAACAAUAUUACAACGGAAUUAGUAUUCGUUUUUUUUGGUUUGGUUUCAACACAAGCAAAAUACACAACAACAGCAAAGAACAAUUCGAUAUUUCUCACUUAAUUUUGUGUAAAUUAUCUUCUUUGUGUGCAGUAACGUAUUUAUAUUUGUUUUUUUUUUCUUUCUGUACUAUGUAUACUAUAUACCACAUUCUAAAAUAGAAAUUAUUUGCAUUGGAUAACAUUUGAAACUAAAAAUCAAAGUCAGAAUCGAAGAUAGAUUAACCAAAUAGCAUCAGAUUAGUUUUAAAACAAACAGCAACCAUUCAACAAAUCGAACAUUUUCAAAUGUACAACUAAAAAACCAGCCAACAAAAAUCACAGUCAAACUACUACUUAAUUGUUUCGAUGAUCAUUUAUCUACUAAGCCUAGCAUUGUGUACGAUAAAAUUCAUUUUUUUACGUCAUAUGUUUUUUGCAGACAUCACGAAAUGAAAGUUAGAGCUAUGGAGGAGGCAUCACGUGGAAAGCAUUAGAUUUAGACACAUCUCUGAAGUGAGACUAUCCUUUAAAGCUUGAUCGAAAGAAUGAUAGUUUUUAUGAAGAAUGAAAAAGCAAAAUGAACGAAUAUUCGAUGUGCUGACACGAAAUUUGCAUGCGAUAGAAUCCCAUACGAAAGAAGAAAAAAAAAACGAGAAAAAAUCAUAUUUAUAUAUUUUGAAUGAGGCGCACGCACAACAUCGGCAAAACAAAAGAAGAAAAACAAUUGCUAACCAAAAAUUUGAGAUUUUUAUUUUGCAGAAAAAUUGUGAAGCUCAAGUUUAUCUUGAAUUUUGAUGAGAGUGAACAAAAAAGAAGGAGACAGCUGAAUAAUUUAGGCAUAAGGAUUUACUUGCAAUACUGGAUGGAAAACAAGCUUCAAACGAUAAACGGGACCUUCUUUUUUUUUUUAAAGAGAAAAACACGAAAUGGAUUUCAACCAAUGAGAUGAUAGUGUGAUGUUUUGGUCCUGGGUCUUUUGACUGCUAAUAAACAUUUUCAUGUGUUUUUCUUCUUAAAUUUAAAUUUGCGAUUCAUCGCAUGAUUUACUAUCGAAUGCGCAACGAAUUGGUUUCAUUUCAAGCAUAUUCAGUUCUGAUCGUUACUUCGGUGCGAACAACAUUCAUACACCACAUGCAUUCAUUUCAUUAACGAAUAGAAAACAGAAACAAAAAUUAUUAUUUGUCUGAACGCUUUUUUUGUCAGUCAAAUAUCCGAUUGAAGAUGAAAAAGAAAAA